AUGACCGUGGAAAAGUGUAACGAUUAUGCAAUAUCAUCUAGUCCAGAUUUAAAAUAUUUAACGAUUUGUGGAGUUUGGUGUGUUACAUCAACCGGUCCACUUCUUAAUGAUACUGUACCAUAUUGGACUUCAAAUUGUAACAAAGAAUGUGGAGGAGAUUAUAAUCAAAUUUGUGGACAACACAGAGAUAAGUGUCGAGUUUACGAAGUUGCAGCGCCGACUUAUGAUCCCAACCCAUGCAACGAUACAAAUCUAUGCAAUGCCACAUUUGGUCACGGAAUAUGUUUGGAUUAUUCACAAAACUACGGACUCGGUUACGGUUGUAUUUGUGCACCCGGAUGGACGGGAAAGGAUUGCAAUUCACCUGUUGAUCUACCAUGUGACAGUAAUCCUUGCGAAAAUAAUGGAACUUGUAUUAACAAUUUCAAAGAUAGUAAUUUUAUAUGUGAAUGCAAUGAGGGAUUCACGGGAGAUAAGUGCCAGUAUGAGGACCCCUGUAUUCCAAAUCCAUGCCGAUAUGGUGGAACGUGUGAACCUGACAACGGAAAAGCAAAAUGCACCUGUUUGGAAUUCUACUCUGGCUCGAUAUGCUCGCAAGUUGAUCGUUGCGCGUAUCAUAAUCCUUGUGCACACGGAUCAUGCCAAUCAAUAGUUAAAGGAAUUCAGCCAAAUUAUGAAUGCACCUGCGAACCGGGAUGGAAUGGAACCAAUUGUGAUACUAUGAUAAACUACUGUGACCCGGAACCAUGCGCACAUGGAAGUGUCUGUAAUCCGUUCUUUCAAGGAUACGAAUGUGAAUGUGUGCCAGGAACGACAGGAAAAAACUGCGAUACAGUUAUUGAUCAAUGCCAGCCGUACUGGGACAAUGGGUGGAUUAAAUCACCGUGUAAUACUAAAGACGAAGGAGCAAUUUGCACUACAGGAAUUAAUACAUUCACUUGCAACUGUACGGAACAAUGGACAGAUCGUCUUUGUGAUAUGAAUGUUCUUAUUAGAGAUGUACUAAUAGCUAUAUAUGGCUAUGUUGAUGAGAAUAUGAUCCCCCUGCUAAAUGAUUUGAUUCAGAAUCCUUCACAAAUUAAGGAUAUGGUACCCUUCAUAACUGGACUCCUUUCAGAAGAACAACGAUCCGAUUUAAGCUGGGACACUUCAGAUAUUUUUGAAUGGAUUGCUUAUGAAGAUAAGCGUCUCAACUUGGAUACCGACGUGGUUCGCUGGAAUGAUAUAGUGCUCGGAAAUUGUUUUACUUUUAAUCACCAUGAUGCAAACUUUACUUAUUUAAUGCGAAACUCCGGUCGACAUGGAGGAUUAAAAGCUUUUAUGAGAGCUCGACAAGACGAAUAUGCUCCUUGGUAUGAUACUGCAGGAAUAAAUGUCUUUAUUCACAAUAGUGACGAAUAUGUAUUUUCGGAAUCGGUGAGAUAUAAUGCACAACCCAAUGCAGACGCUACUAUUAACAUAUUCAAUACAAAAUACACUAGACUUGGCGGAAGAUAUGGAAAAUGUAUUAAAAAACCAUCGGAGGUGAAAGCGUAUUAUUAUCCAUACUCAUAUAGCUCCGAUGGUUGCUUGAGAACUUGCUAUCAAGAUAUGAGCAUGGAAAAAUGUGGAUGUAUGGAUCCAAGAUAUCCAAGGGCACCCAACGCCACUUCGUGCCAGCUCUCUGAUAGAACCUGCGUCACAGACGCCUCUGAGGAAGCCGGAGAUCCAUCAACAUGGCCAUCUUGUGUUUGCCCUCUUCCUUGCUCCAAUGCUCAAUACUCCGUGACAUGGAGCAAAACAGACUUUGCUCUAAAAAACUUGGAAUGUGACGCAGAAUCCGAUCCUGACAAAUGCUAUGAGAUAUUUGCUGACAAAUUAUUGAUAACUGUAGUUUUGCCACAGCUCGAUUAUAAAAUUUAUUCGGAAUCUCCUACGAUGGAUUUCAACAAAUUCUUGUCCCAACUUGGUGGCCAAUUGGGCGUUUUAAUGGGAAUUAACCUCGUAUCAUUUAUUGAAAUCGCAUUCCUGAUGUUUGGACUAAUAAUGGUGUGUUGCCGAAAGUAUGAGAACUGA